GACAGACAGACGCGUUAGUCAACAACUUACUGGAACUCACAGUAUUGUGUGAGCAUUGGGGCUUCACGAACGCGUAUCCACUUUAUUUGCUCCAAUGUUCCGAGUGCGCGAACAUCGAACAAAAUAAAACAAACAUCAAGAACAAAUAAUCGCCGUCACAUAAAUUUAAUUUUUAUGUGAAUAGUGGAAGAGCAUUGUACUCAUAAUUUCGAAGUCUCUUUUGUUGAAACAAGUUGAGUAAAGAAGACUUUGUGAAGAUGACUGAAAAGGAAAAAUGUGGAAUUGACAAUGAAAUAGGACAAAUACAGGGAAGCGCAGUGAAGUUAAAAAGAGAAUUAGGACUCUUUUCCGCCGUCAAUUUGAUUCUGGGAGUAAUGAUUGGUUCGGGAAUAUUCGUAUCCCCAGCAUCUGCCCUGGAACACUCAGGCUCGGUGGCAUUAUGUCUCAUAAUAUGGACUGUAUCAGGAAUAAUAUCAUUACUAGGAGCUUUAUCAUUUGCUGAAUUGGGCACAGUAGUUGGGAAAUCAGGAGCUGAAUAUGCAUAUUUUCAAGAGGCAUUUGGAAAUACUCACAAGUACUGGGGACCAUUACCGUCAUUCAUCUGUGCUUGGAUAUACGUCGUCAUAUUGAGACCCGCUGAAGUCGCUAUUAUAGUAAUGACUUUCGCAGAGUAUGCGAUUCAACCAUUUUCUGCAGAUUUACAAGCAGAUUAUAAGGACACAGCUAUAAAAUUAGCAUCCCUCACCGCUCUUUUUGUGAUGACGUACAUCAACAUAACCAGCGUGAAGUUGUUUGUAAAGGUGCAGAACAUUUUCGGCGUGUGCAAGGUCUUCGCCUGCCUCAUUGUGAUCGGGGGCGGCAUUUACGAAAUAUGCAAGGGCAACACGGCGCAUUUAGACAAAGGGUUCGAAGGCAGCACAAGUAGCCCGGGAGGCAUCGCGCUCGCGCUCUACUCAGGACUGUGGGCGUACGAUGGAUGGAACAGCGUCACCGUCGUCACUGAGGAGAUCAUCAACCCUGGAGUCAACGUCCCUCUCAGCAUUUCCAUCGCAGUACCACUCAUCACAGCUCUGUACGUGUUCAUGAACGUAGCCUAUAUGACUGUGCUGAGCUACGCGGAGAUGACGUCAGUCCCAGCGGUGGCCGUGGCCUUCGGAACCAGGGUGCUCGGACCUGCCAGCUUCCUGAUACCCCUUGGUGUUGCCAUCGCUACUUUCGGGUGUGCCAUGAGCGUGCAGUUCGGUGUUACCAGGUGA